UUGUUAUCAUUUGCGAAUGACACUAAAAUUUGUGACUUUUUUAAGGGGGAUGAAGACUAUGGCUACACAGUUACCUGCGGAACACAUCCCAACAUCACAUUCGUAAUAGGUGGCAUUGAGUACUCAGUUACGAGCAAAGACUACAUUGUAGAGUACAAGCGGAACGAGUGUAUUUUGAUGAUGGGCGCAUUGGGUGAGGGCGAUGAACUGUGGAUUCUUGGUGAUCCUUUCAUCCGUCAAUACUGUCAGAUAUAUGACAUGGGUCGCAAACGUAUUGGCUUUGCUGAGGCUAUCCAAAAAUGA